AUGUUCUUCAACUGCAUCACCAUCUUCGCUGCUCUUCUCAUCCUCCUCGCCCCAUUCACCCAAGCAGGUGUCGCCGACUGCCGCAUGAUGACUCCUGGCGAAAACCCCAACCUCGUUGACUCUCACGACCUGUUGGCAAAGUUUAUUGCUGUCUGCCAUCUCAGCCCUCCAAGACUCCCUGCCAUGGCCACCGAAUGUCAUAAACUCAACUACAAGACUUCCGAAAUUCGCAUCUGCCCUCCCAAGAACUUGGACCGUCGCAUUUGGUCCACUCCCGUCACCCACAACUGCGACGAUCUCUUCGCCAACAUUGGAUCCAUCAUGGAGCAGUGCCACACAGUCGUCUCGACCGGUGGAAGAAUGAACCUCGGCAACGCCCAGUAUGGAUAUAUCAUCAUUACUAGGCCCGGUGGACCGAACUGA